UCCACGUCUCCGCUGAAUCAACCGUUUGCUUCAUCCAAACACGGCUGUGAAUACAGGGCUGAACCCGGGCGAUUGCUUAUGCUUGCCUAUAUCACCACCUCCCGGGGGCGAAUUUGUGUCAUGGACCCGCCCGUUUAAACUGAUUUGGGCGCACAUACGGCAUACAUAUCGGAGGUUGUACACAGCUCUCGUGACGUGGUGGUUCGGACACGGAUUUGUUUUCGUAUUUUGUAUUCCUGGACUCUGGAAUCGUGGGUGUCGUUGACUGACGAAGGUCGUUAGCAGACGACUUUUGAAGCAGACGAUAUUUUCGAGAGGGACUUCAUCAGACGAUAACCCAAGCAUGGCAUGCGACGAUGUGUCAUGUGUUCAUGUCAUGAGACAAAUACAAGCAAAGGCAAGUCAAUUGUUGUCACGGGGAGGACGGGACUUUUGUACGUCAUUGUUGACACCGGUGUUACGAGCGUGUCCAAAGAUUUCCAACUCGAGUGUCCCUCAGUCCAUCGUGACUAUUGACAACAUCAACGACGUGCGGCUGUCGACCACGGAGAGGGCGGUGGGGACGAAAGUGACCAUCAGCUGUCACGAUGGCAGGAGACUCGUCGGUGCGUCAGAACUGACAUGCCAGGCCAGUGGCCAGUGGAACAAUGCCAUCCCAAAGUGUGAAUUGACCUCGACCACGUCCACUGACUCCUCGGUCCUGACGCAACAGGAGCUGAUCGUCAUCGGCGUGGUGGCCGCCAUCUGCAUCCUCCUGAUCAUCAUGGUGGUCGUCAUGAUGUGUGCCUGCUUAUACAAGAGACGCCGGGACAAGACGCACAAGAGGCCUGCCUCCGAGUUCAGUUUGAACACAGGCGAGGGGGAACACUACAGACCCUACAGCAUGUACACUCCGUUCCCAUCGGGUUCCCGCGGUAUCCGAGAAGGUUCUAUAGACCGUGGCCACAGGUCCUCGCACAGACAUUACAACUCUUCGCUCCCUCGCUCCAACAUUCCCGAAUCCUUCCCCAGAACCAACUACCCCAACGCCUAUGAGCUGCAGACUCGGACAGCCGACUUCCGGCCCAAGCCCUACACCAGCUACGCCGGGCCCCGCAUCGCUCGAGCGAGCUCCGACACCUACGAGGACUAUAUGGCGGAGCGGAAUCAGUCGGGCUUUCGGCCUCCAGUGCGAUCCGGCAUCGAUAAUGAAGGGUUCCGAGGCGAGUGGACAGAUCGAUAUGACAGAAAGACGUUCUCCGAUUUCAACAGGGACGCCUACUCCCAAGGGAGAGAUCCAUUCCUGUGGGACAAAAGUCACCUUCGUCAGGGUUCUAGAUUUUACUGCCGCUUCACCAAACACUCGCUUUGAUAUGGCGCCGCCUCCAAAGGCAUAUUGUCUACAGAAUUCCAAUCUGCUUCCUGAAGACAGCAAAGCACCAAAUUCAUAUGGGUGUAUCCGUGAGAAGCCAGUAAUGCAAGUGCCAUAUCAACAACUGUGUUGUACGUCCAUUGUUGACCAGGGCCUAGAUUCCAGUGGACUAUUUAGAAAGUCUAACAAAUGAUAGCUAUCACUACCCCAUGUAA